AUGUUUGUCAUGAUUACUCAUCAGAGACAGCAGCAGGCGGCUCCCUUCAUGUGUUUACAGCCACUGCACUGACGCGUCGCGUCGCGUCGCGUCUCAGCCCACUUUCUGCCGCUUUCCUGUGCGCUUCAUAGGAAUGGAAAACAAACGUAAAAGUUAAGUUCCCGAUGACGGGCCGUACAUCCAUUAACUAUGUCUAAGAAAGUAGAUUACUGUCAUUGUAUUAAAAUUAUUAUUUAUGAUCAUGGCGGCGUCGCAGCGCGCGAGAAACUCUGAACUUAAACAGAGCGAAUCAUGGAAGCGUCACAUUAUCAGACAGCUGAAAUAUCGCAACAGGACCCAGACGAGCGUCUUCCAGGAUCUUAUAGAGUCAUAUCACAGUCUGCUGGAGAAGUCAAAGCAAAGAGCCCUCAUAACCAAAGGCAUUCUGGGAUCAGGGUCAAGGCCCUCACUAUCUGAAGAUUCGCUGACAUCUCUAAAAACAACCACCGGUGAGCUUGCAUACCAAGUGGUGGAACUGCAGCAGAGAAUCCAGAUAAAGGAAGUGACACUGGAUGAACAGCAUGCCAAGCUAUAUGAGGUCCAAAACCAUCUCAGUGUUUUGGCGUCGGAGCACAGCGUGCUUCAGGAACGCGUGGCAGAGGUACAGACUAGAAACCAACUUCUGAAACAAGAAUAUGAUUCUCUGCUGGAGCAGCACCAGAACAUGGAGAGGACGUACCGACAAGAGAAACUCCGCAGCUCAGAGAUCCUGGAGAACAUGAUCCGUCCAAAACAGCAGGCUGCUGUCCGCAUGAACCAUCGCAAUGAGAAGAGAGUGAGAGCCAGAGAGGCCAGUCUUCACAAAGAGCUUCAGAUGGCUGCCUGUAAGAGUGUGAAUAUUAAUGAAGAGUCUGGAAAUGUGUCACCUCCCAAUCCAUCAUCCCCUAAAAGUGACUCUUCACAGAGGUUGGAGAGAUCCCAUGGACCACUUUUCAGGUCUGCUUCAGCUACAUCUCCCCGCAUCAUCAGCUCCAUCAGAGGACUUUUUGAGAGGAAGAUGAGAGGUAAAUCAGUUUGCAGAUCAGAGGAAGACCUCUAUAUACCAUUAGGAGUCUGUCUGGUUGCCAGAGUCCCAACCAAGGCAAUUUUUACAAUGGAUGCUCAUGAGCUGGGAAUCAAUGCUGUGAGGUUCAGUACCAGUUCAAACCUGCUGGCUACAGGAGGAACUGACAGAGUCAUCAAACUGUGGGACAUUGAAGCAGGAACUCUUCAGAACAGAGGGACAUUAGAUGGAAGUAAUGAGGGCAUCACCAGCAUUGAGUUCGACCCGACGGGCACUCGGAUUUUAGCUGCGUCAUAUGACAAGUCGGCUCUAUUCUGGAGGCUAGAGGACAGCGUUCCCAAGGUUACAUUGACGGGUCAUUCUCGUAAAGUGACAGCAGCCAGAUUUAAAUACAGUCAGAGGCAGGUGGUCACAGGCAGUGCGGACAGGACCGUGAAGAUAUGGGACCUCCAGCGAGCAGCGUGCAUACAAACCAUUGAGGUUUUAUCAUUCUGUAGUGAUGUUGUGUGCUCCGAGUACCUCAUCAUCAGCAGCCAUUAUGACAGAAAAAUACGGUUUUGGGACAGCAGGGCAGGGACCUGCACACAGGAAGUGCCUCUUCAGGGCAGAGUGACAUCACUGGACCUCUGCCCCAACCACAGGCAGCUGCUCAGCUGCUCCAGGGAUGACAUCCUGCAGCUGGUUGACCUGAGAAAGAGUAACGACAGGGUGGCCUUCAGAGCGGAGGGAUUCAAAUGUGGAAGUGACAGCACCAAGGCCAUCUUCAGUCCGGAUGGCAGUUUCCUGGCAGCUGGCUCUGCAGACGGUGCCGUCUACAUAUGGAAUGUGAACACAGGAAACCUGGAAAAACGGCUUCCUGACAUGCACAGAGCUUCAAUAAGCGCUGUGGCCUGGUCGUUGUCGGGUGAAUAUGUGGUAAGCGUGGACAAGAGCCGUCGAGCUGUGCUCUGGAGUGAUAUCUGAGACCAGACACGGGUUGCCUUUUUCCAUCUUAUCAACUGAAGUCACUCCUGGAAAUGCACUCAGGGAUGUCAUCAAAACACAACCUUGUUGGGAAAAGCUCACACUCUGCACUGCGUCAAUAGCAGGACCCUUAGUAUUGUGACAGUCUUUGUUGCUAAGAGGCUGUGUCAUCCAAAACGCAGACAGAUGUGCUAAUGUUACAGGGGUCUGGCGACUGUUGAGCAGAGCUGUCUGGGUUUUGUUUUGAAACCUUGUUACAGAUGAAUUACCGAUGCAGAAUGUGCCAAAGCGUUUGUAGGCCUUCCUGUUGCUUGACUUAGUACUAUAAUUGUCAGCAACUUUAAAAUCGGAGAUCUCUUGACGUACACCAGAUAUCGCUGCCUCUGGGAUUUGAUAUCAAAGGGAAGCAUGAACAAAAUGGAUUCAGCCUGUUUUAGGAACACGACAACAUAUUUCUGAAUACGUGGAAACUCGACCCCAAUGUAUUUGCAUGUCAGUCCUAUUUUUAGAGACCAAAACGCAGAACAAACACAAAAUUGAAUGCCUGGUGAAAGGCCAUUGUAUAUUGUCGCACAAUGACACCGAUUCUUUAAUGCAAUAUAAAAUUAGAUAUAAAUAUUAUAAAUUUGAAAAAAAAACACUAUUGUUCAAAACUGUGGGGUCAGUAUUUUUUUAUGAAAUCAAUGCUGAUAUUCAUUUGAUCGGUAUAGUGACAGUAAAGACAUUUACAAUGUAAAAAAGGUUUCUACUUUAAAUAAAUGCUGUUCUUCUGAAUUUUAUAUUCAUCAAAGUAGCCUGAAAAAAAAAAAGUUUAAGUUAAUAAGAAAUAUUUCUUAGCAUGAAUCUCAAGGAUCACGUGAUGCUGAAGACUGGAGUAAUUAGCUGCUGAAAAUGUAGCUUUGCAUCACAAAAAUAAAUGACAUUUAAAAUAACUAAAUAAAAUAGAAAACGGUUAUUUUAAAGUGUAAUAGUAUUUUACACUAUUACUUUUUUCCUGUAUUUUUUAUAAAAUAAACGCAGGCUUGGUGACCAGAAAAGACUGACCCCAAACUUUUGAAUGCUAGUGUAUAUAUUUCAGCUGUCUUAGACCACAGUGAAAAUCUUGGGACCAUUAUGAUGUAUUUUAACAUCAUAUCGAUCUAUUUCUAGAUCACUAAUGAAAUGUACUCAAGCAAACUGAGACAUCAUCAUUAUGAUAAUGAUUAUAUCCUGUUCUGAAAAACAUAAUCUUCAGGUUUUGCACAAACAGAAUGAUUUCAUAUAGCUUGAGUGCAAGCAAACACACCAAUUAUUUUGUUUGUUGAUUUUUAAAUUCACUCAAAUUGUCAUGCCAAUGAUUUGUGAUAAUAAAAAAUAUAUGUGACCCUGGACCACAAAACCAGUCAUAAGGGUCAAUUUAUCAUAUAAUAAAUAAGAAUAAAUAAGCUUUCCAUUGGUGUAUGGUUUGUUAGGAUAGGACAAUAUUUGGCCGAGAUACAACUAUUUGAAAAUCUGGAAUCUGAGGGUGCAAAAAAAUCAAAAUAUUGAGAAAAUAGCCUUUAAAGUUGUCCAAAAGAAGUUCUUAGCAACUCUUAUUACUAAUCAAAAAUUACAUUUUGAUAUAUUUACAGUAGGAAAUUUACAAAAUAUCUUCACGGAACAUGAUCUUUACUUGAUGUCCUAAUGAUUUUUGGCAUAAAAGAAAAAUCAAUAAUUUUGACAAAAAAACAAAAAUAAUGAUUUUGGCUAUUGCUACAAAUAUGCCCCAGCAACUUAAGACUGGUUUUGUGGUCCAGGGUCACAUAUAUUAAAUUAUAAAAACAGCAAAAUAGAAGCAUUUUCACUGGUGGUCUGAGACUUUUAGACCCUGCUGUAUGUUGUUAAUCACUGCCUCAGGGAAGUGCUCAGUUCUACUGGACUGACUCCAGUAAUUUAUUAUAAAAAGGGACUCGUGUUUUAAAAAUGAAUGAGAGGAAGCCUUGGCCUCCGCCACACUCUUUAGUGCUGCCAUAGAGACCCAGUAUGCUCACUGCUAAACUGUGCUCAGAUUAGCAUUUAAAAGAGCCCUGUGUCUGAUGAGAAUCACACUGCACCGCUCUGACUGACUUUGAAGACCCAAAUUACUGCCAUCUGAGAUCACACGAGUCCAGCGUAAUGCACAGACCGCCAUGUGAUUCCAUCUGCUGUGUUCAUUUGCAUGUUAAUUAACGGUUAGAUGAGGAAAGUCUAAUGCCAGUCUUACAAUUGUCAACUGUUGGACCGAGGCGUUUUAAUGUAGAGUCUAGAAUAUUUAUUAACCUAAAACCGUAUGUGCUAGUUGCUAUGAUGAAGUACUAUGUGCCUCAGAAAUCUCUGAUCUUACUGUAGAUCACUGUAUUGUAUGUUAAUGAAAUAUAUAUAAAAGAGUGAAUCUCACUACAAGGAACAUGUUCAGAUCACCCCAAAAUCAUAAGAAAAACAAUUAUAUUUAUAAAAUUAUGAAACUUUUUAUGAAAGUUCAAUUUAUAAAAAGUUAUAUUUUAUAUAUUUUUUAAAAAUUAAUAUUAGAAUUCUAUAAUUAUUAAAAUACAUUAUAUAAAAAGUGAUUUUUCAAAAUGCAAUAAUGAGAAUUUGGGUCGCGUCAGUUGCACAGUUGUCAUGAAAAUAAUGUUCAAAGCAAUGCAAAAAUCGAUUGAAUAUUUGAAUUGAACGUAAAGAUUUAUUAAACAUGACCUUGGCAUGUGUUUCAUGGCCUGCUUGAAAUACUGGGGUUACGUAAAUCAAAGACACUUCAUGAGAUUAAAGCAUCUUUAUUUUUACAAGGAAACAUCUAUUAGGUAUUUUGGUUGAUUUAGAAUAACUGAUGUACAAUGAAAUUAAUUUCAACACCAAAUUUCUUACAAAAAACAGGGAUGUUUACUGGUGGCACUACUUGGAGCAACAGAUUUGUAGUUAGAUUUAUAAUGUCUGUAUUUGCCUUUAAAAGUGAUGUAUUUUUAGAAGAAAGUGUUUUCUUUUUUUAAAUUAUAUUGUUACCGAGUUAAACUUAACUUAAGUGUGGAUUGUUCUGAAAGUAGCACAGUUAUCAAGGGAACAGCGGUAUAUUUGUUAACCACACUCGUUUUUUGUAAAAAUGCAAGGACCAAAAGUGAGUUUGAUUAUUAAGUCUGUUGUUUACACGCAAAAUGAAAGACAAAGAGGAAUAAGUCCAUGCUUAUCUAUGUUCUAACAGGCACAUUCCAUGAAUGGGGUACAAAAUACUGUAUGUCCUGAAACACCAAAACUUGUGUCAUGAUAUAGUUUUAGUCCCCAAUUUAAGUGAUUUUGUUGUUUUCUACAUUAAAUAAUCAUAAAAAAUAAUGAUGAUUUCAAAAUGUCAAUAACGGGUUUGGAAAUGUGUCACUCUGUAUAGCGGGUUAUUUGAGACCAAAAUGUUUGGUUGUAGUUGUGAUCAUUUGUAUUUAUUUUACUUUAUUAUUUGAUAUUUGUUUCCUACAGUAACUUCAAUAAAUAUUUGAGAUAUUUUUAGUUUUGAAACUAACUACUUUUCACUAUGGGUUAACUGUUUGGUUAAAAACUUGCCUAAUAAAAAAGUCAUGGGACACCAAAGUGUAUCCUAUUUGUGGAAAGUGCCAAUAUGGCAUGAUUUAGCAUUCAUUUGAGAAUUCACGUAUUUUAGAGAGUUACACUUUUGUCAUUACAGUCUGAAGUCAUGAUGCAUUGCUGUCAUGUCAUAUUUUGUGUGGGUUUUAAUUUCAGCCUCAUUAAUAAUCAUCUUAUUAUGUUUAUAUUUUAGAAUCUUAUUUGCAGUUCCUUAAUGAGGUUGAUUAAAGUAUCUGAUACAUGAUAAAAAAAAUAAACACUAAAAUAUCAGGAAUGCUUUUUCAUUUAAUAAAACCAUCUUAAACCCUCA